UCGAAAGACUGGUAAGGAAUGUAUUGUAGGACAAUUAUUAUCUUGGAUGAGACAAGUCCUUUUGUGAGGUUUCUAUCCAAAGAAAAGGGUUGAUGUUCAUGAAUGUCAAUUUUCUUAAUCCCGAUGUCUUGUAAGCCUGUGACAUUUCUUUCAGGAACCCUGUAUCUGAUCUCACAGCCAUCAAAUCAGGCAACUAAAAAAGAUGUACUUCAACAUACUAUACAUUUAUCCUUGUCCCUAGUUUAAAAGCUGCAUCAUGGAUCUGCAGAGUUUUGAUUAAUAUCUGUGCUAUAUUCUUGCCUUAUUUUGCUUUAGCAUUCUACAGGAUAAAUGGCGGGGAAUACCUACUAGGUUGAAUAAUAUUCCGUACUCUAGAGAAAUCGGGACAUAUUUCUAUGACCAUGUGCUUCAAGCUAUGCAGAGAGCCAUAUAUGAUGGAAAAACAAGACUAAAGGUAGAAAUCAAUAUCCCAGAGCUAAACCCAGAAAUGGAUGUUUAUAGAAUAGGCACUCUGAUGGAACUUGUCAGGGUUAUUGCUCUUUCAUUUGCUGACGAUGGAAAACGUGUUAAGGUUUGUGUUCAAGGGUCCAUGGGAGAAGGUGCUCUUGCUGGAAUGCCACUGCAGCUUGCUGGUAGUCGCAAGAUGUUGGAGUUUAUGGACUGGGGAGAUCAUAUUGCAUCAGGAACCUUUGUCAAGAUUGGAUCUAUAGUGGUUGUCGUCAUAAUACUUGCAGGAUCCAAAUAUAUAGACUCUAAAGAAUCCAAGUAUACAUGGUGUGGGACUUCCAAGAAUUUGCCCAAAACAUGUGCCAAAAAGGUUGACGAGCAAGAUGACAUUUUUACCUUAGUGGCUCCUGAAAAAGCUGUGGGUUACUGUGAUGAUCUUAGGGGCAUGACUGAAUCUGCUGGCAAUGCGUCCGGUCAUCCUCAUCAAUCCUAGGCAUAAGACCUGCAUCCAGUGUUGAAGCAGAGUCUGCAACAAAUAUUUUGCCUCUUUCUAAUGAGCAUGGCUCUUUUCCUCCUGGAUUCACCGGGUUCCAGUGGCAUCAUGCAAACUAUGGGACGGGACAAGAGACUGCAGUAUGGUGCAUCAUUGAGAAUCACUAUUUCUUCCGGCUUCUCUAUUUUGCCGGGACUCAAUACCCAAUUAUGGGUGUUCCGAGCAUGUCCUACCCCUACCCUUAUGAAUUGUACAAACGAGUCAAUCAGGCCGUCCGGGAAGGAGUGCAUCUUGCUUUCAACAUUCAAUGGAAGGCCAAGGACUGAUGAAGUCAACGAUGUCUUCCUUGGGAAACCGAGAAAUCAUGUCAAGAACGCAUCAGUAUUAUGCUAAGAAUCAAUCAUGACGCGUGACUUGCCAUCCCAUAACAAUUAGCUGUUUUACGUACCAAAACCUUAAAAACUGUGGGUGGGGGUUUCCUAAGCAGUAUACUGCAGAAGCUGCACAUAAAGUAUGACUCUUUUGCUCCGCCCUAACGAAUCUAGAAAGCUUGGCCAACGAAUUGCCAUUCUUUGAGUUGAAAGUAUGUUAGAAUUGAUUUCUGAAUCACAGGGUAGAAAGAUUUCUUUUGCGUUAUGGAGUUAUGAGACGGUGGUAUAUGAGUUCACUUGAUGUCAACCGCAUAUAUAAUUUCAUUCUAUGAAUAGUACAUAGCAUGCGAUUCACAUAUCUCACAGAUAAGCAUCUUAGAUCAAUGUAACUAUGAUUUCUGUGUGCAUUG